CUUGCAAACGACCAUUAUUCUCUUGUCAUCUCCGAGACUGCGUUGAGAGUGAUGGAGCAAUCAAACACGGCAUUUGGAUUGGCAGCAAGGGAUGCAACUGGAGUCCUCGCCCCCUUCUCCUUCCCCUUAAGGGCUAAAGGAGAAGAUGACAUCAUCUUGAACAUACUGUACUGUGGGAUUUGUCAUUCUGAUCUUUCCACCAUCAAGAAUGAGUGGGGAAAUGCUAUAUACCCAGUCGUCCCCGGGCAUGAGAUUGUGGGUGUUGUCACUGAAGUAGGCCACAAUGUCCAAAAGUUCAAGGUUGGGGACAAGGUGGGCAUAGGAUACUUCAUCAGCAGUUGUCUUUCCUGUGACAACUGCAAGCAGGAUUCUGAGAACUACUGCCCCCAACUUGUGACCACCUUCAACUCCUCCUACCCAGAUGGCACACCGACGUAUGGAGGAUUCUCCGAUAAGUUAGUUGUUAAUGAGCAUUUUGCGGUCAGGAUCCCCACCAAGUUGCCUCUAGACAAGGUUGCACCGCUACUGUGUGCAGGGAUUGCAGUGUACAACCCACUGAAGGAGCAUGGACUCAAUGAACCUGGGAAGCAUUUGGGAGUGGUUGGACUCGGUGGCCUUGGACAUUUAGCUGUAAAGUUUGCCAAGGCUUUUGGGGUGAAAGUUACAGUAAUCAGCACAAGUCCUGAUAAGGAAAAGGAAGCUAUUGAGAAGUUGGGAGCUGACUCAUUCAUAGUCAGUCGAGAUCCUGAGCAAAUGAAGGCUGCCAUGGGCACAAUGGAUGGCAUUCUUGACACCAUUGCUGCUGAUCACUCACUUAUGCCCUUGUUUGCAUUGCUGAAGACUCGUGGUAAACUUAUUGCUCUUGCUGGGAUGACCAAGCCUACAGAGCUAUCCCUCUACCCUAUAAUGGCAGGAGGGAAAAUGCUGGCUGGAACUUUAAUUGGUGGGGUGAAGGAUAUGCAAGAAAUGUUGUCCUUUGCUGAGGAGCAUAACAUAACAGCAGAGGUUGAGGUCAUUGGAAUGGAUGAUGUGAACAUUGCAAUGGAGCGGCUUCAGAAGGGGGAUGUGAGAUUCCGAUUUGUCAUCAAUGUGGCGAACAGCAUAAGCUUGUCUUAGAAAAUUCAAAUUUUGGGAGAGCAAAAUAAUGUUGUUUAAAUUGUCACAUUUAGUUUUGUUGCCUGUGGUUGUUCUUGACAGCUUACAAUAAGAACUAAAAGCGGAUCAAUCCUGAUUUCUGUUUCUUCUCUUUGCCUUCCUUAAGAU